GCUCAACUCGCCGCAUUCGCCCGGGCACUCGAGCCAUCGAUAUGGCCUUUGGUCCGCCGUUGAUCCCUCUUUCACAGGUAUGGAAUGAGUUUUGCCAACCGGGUUUGGUCGCGAGACUGCUUAUUUUCCCUCCUGCUGACCCCCAGCCUCCUUUGCCUCGGCUCUGUAGCUCGACUCCCCCUUCCAACUUCAGGAACACCUCAAGGCCCUGUAUAACCACUUCACGCGACCCGAGGGCUCCGAUACCAUUAUUCCCAUCAGCCGCGAUGUUGCGAUCCAGCUGGCGGAGCCCCCGGAGGGCGUCGACCGCUCGCUCUGGCUGUACGAGCUCUGCCGCUUCCUGACGAUGAAAGUCAACAACCUCAUCGUCGCCUUCUUCGCCGACUCCCCCCCUUGCUCCGCGCAGACCUGCCCGGAAAUGCGGGCCUCCGAGUGGCAGUACCUCUGCGCCGUCCACGACCCGCCCAAGGCCUGCUGCGCCAUCGACUACUGCUGCCACACCCUCGACUGGGCGACCAACAUCCUCACUUCGCCCAAAUACUUCCCCAGUCGCCUGACGCUGGGCGCGGAGGGCGGCGGCGGCGCCCAGGCGAGCAUGCGGCACCUGACGAACAUCUUCCGCCGGCUGUAUCGCAUCUUUGCGCAUGCGUGGUUCCAGCACCGGGAGGUGUUCUGGCAGGUGGAAGGCCACGAUGGACUCUAUAUCUUUUUCAAGACCGUCUGUGACAUGUACAGUCUGAUUCCGGAGGAUAAUUACACGGUGCCUGCCGAGGCGGAGGGGUUGGAUACUGUUCAGCAGCAGCCGGCGGCUGCGGCAGCGGCGGGGGCCACGACGGGGUUGGAGCAUGGGGAUGGACGGAGGGUGACGAUCUUGCGGAAGGAGAACGAGCCGUUCCCGGUGAGUAUGGAGCCCGCGUCGAUCAGUACGGGCGCCACCACGAGGCGGCACAAGGGCAGCUCGUCGAUCAGCUCUGGGGUGACGACCAUCAAUGAGAGUGCUGAGGACGAUGAUCAGCCGAAGCAGCAGGCUGUGGCCGCGGCUACUGCCGCAGUGGCCGCCGCCGCCGCUGCCGCCGCUGCCGGCGGUCAGAGCAAGCCUCAGCCGGCACCGCCAGCUACUGAAGAGCCCAAGCAGGUUGCUGAGCAGACGUCACCCGGUAGCCCUGCAUCGCAAGUCACUGUUGCAGAGGUACGCGCGGAUGAACCAGAGACCGCACCACAAACCGAGACUGAGGCUGAGCCUGAGCCUGAGGCCGAGCUCGAGAGCAAGGCCGAGAAGAACGCUGAAGCUGAAGCUGAAGCUGUGCCGGAAGCUGCGGAGGAGGAGCAGCCAAAGGAGGCCGAAGUAGAGGCGAAGGAUUGCGCGGAAGAAGCUCCGACGGAGGAAACCUCGACAGAAGAAGCGACAGCAGCUGACGAGUUGUCUACUGAGACCACAGAGGCCGAGCCGGCGCAGAAGGAGUAAAGGUACGGCUGCGCGUUUGUUUCCGUUUUCAUGUGAUGCCUUGUGUCUAUACCACGGUUUGUAAUUUGUGUGAUUUUGGAUCCGAGGGAGGUGGGAAAGCGAUGUAAUAUACGAACUCGAGCGAGAAUUAAUG